CCAGCCUGGCGAUGAGCUGCGCCGGGGUCAUCAGCACGUCCUCCCGGCCCUCCUCUCCUCCGCUCUCCUCUCCGUCUGCCAUCCUGACUAUGAGGCGCCGGGCUGGACAAAAGUGAAGCGAACGCGGAGAGAGAGAGAGCGAGUGGCUGACUCGCUGCAGCCGCGAACAAACGCGCUUCACGCGGUAAUCACACUCCACGAGACCCGCGCAACUAACCCCGCGCUCCGCGCUGUUUGCUUUCCCGCGCUCGACCGCGCUGAAGGGGAACUUCGCGCCAAAAAGCAACAACGUGAUGGCGGCGUCAGCGUGUCCUCAAGCCGGUUAGAGUUGCGCGAGUCUGCGCAAUGCGCACCACAACAAAGACGAGCAUCCCCACAGUUGAUGAGCAGGCCACCGGUCUGGAGAAGAUUGUGUUGGAGGCGUCAAAGAGAGGAACUGAUCCAUAUAGCAUCUUAAAACCGCGGGAGUGUGCAGGCUCCAAACAAGACCCUCAUAUUGUCCCCUCCAUAACCAACAAGAGGAUUGUUGGUUGUGUUUGUGAAGAGGACAACACUGCAGUGGUUUGGUUUUGGUUGCAUCAGGGAGAGGCCCAGCGCUGCCCAUCCUGUGGUGCUUACUACAAACUUGUUCCACACGAGUUACCCCACUGAAAUAUACACUUCACAGCAGAGGAGGCCUGGACACUCCCAUACUGACUCAAACACCAUAGAUACUCUUAUUAAUGCACAGUCCCCUUCGAUGUCCCCUGUUCUGAAGAAUAGAAUUGCACUUUUUAGGGGCAUUGUUAUUUCUUUUUCAUUAGAUGCUUCACAAAAGCAGAUAAAGCAAUUUAACAUCAAGAAAACAGGCUUUCUUCAAAUCUGAAACGCAAGAUUCGGCAGGGUUUUCCUAAUUGUGAAUGUUGGUUUCAUUAUUUUUGGAGGAAUAGUUUACAUGUACUGUUGUUUGCUGUGCAGUAUCAGCUGCUUAAACAUUCCAGAUUUUCCUUACAAAUGCAGUGCAUUCCUUGCCCUGUUACGUAAAUGAGCUGUUACUUUAGCACAUUCUUGCAAAAGAGAUGUCUACAGGCAUUGUCUUUGAUUUUUCAAUGUUUAGACAAAGACUGUACAUUCCUGAUUAUGUGGGACU